AAACCCAUUCACCAACAACUACUCCACCUCUUCAUUCUACUAAAUUGGCUUUAUUUUUACAACCAAAUUUCAUACUUCAAAUAUUCCUCAGAGACACAGAGUCAGAGAGAGAAUUAACAAUGAAUUCUAGGAGAGAUGUUGAAAGUGGAGGGACAAAAAACAGAACAGGGGACAACAACAACGAUUACUCUGCACCACCUGCUUCUUCCUAUGUUUAUGAUGAUGAUGCUGAAAAUCAUCAUAGAAAUUCAUGGCUUGUACCUCUUUUUGUGUUUAUUAAUGUUGUUGUUUUCAUUGUAGCCAUGGGCAUCAACAAUUGUCCCCAUAACACUUUCGGUUUUCAAGGUGAUUGUGUUGCUAGGUUCCUUGGCAGGUUCUCUUUUCAACCUUUCAGGGAAAACCCAUUGCUUGGUCCUUCUUCUUCAACAUUAACCAAAAUGGGAGCUCUUAGAUGGAAUAAUGUUGUGCACCAGCAUCAAGGAUGGAGACUUUUCACUUGUAUUUGGUUACAUGCUGGAAUUAUUCACUUGCUAUCAAACAUGGUCAGCCUUGUGUUUAUCGGAAUUCGCCUCGAACAACAAUUUGGGUUUGUCAGGAUUGGAUUGAUAUACCUAUUAUCUGGAUUUGGUGGAAGUGUACUUUCUUCUCUUUUUAUUCGAAACAACAUCUCCGUUGGUGCUUCUGGUGCUCUCUUUGGACUCCUUGGAGCAAUGCUAUCAGAACUUCUUACAAAUUGGACUAUAUAUUCCAAUAAAGUGAUGGCUUUGUUCACCCUUCUCAUUAUCAUAGUCGUCAACCUCGCUAUAGGCAUUUUGCCGCACGUUGAUAACUUUGCUCACAUUGGGGGAUUUGUGGUAGGAUUUCUCCUUGGUUUCAUUUUGCUGCCACGUCCUCAAUACGGUUGGUUAGAGCAGCGACGUCUUCCUACUGGUAUUCGCCUCAAGUCAAAAUUCAAAGCUUACCAAUAUGUUCUAGGGAUUGUCUCUCUAAUUCUCUUGAUUAUUGGGUUAUCAAUUGGAACUGUGAUGCUGUUCAAGGGUAAGAAUGGAUAUGAUCAUUGCCAUUGGUGUCAUUAUCUAACAUGUGUGCCAAGCUCUAAAUGGGAAUGCAACAAUGACAGUUAAACUGCAACAGCUUAUAUAUGGUUUUAACUAGGAAUUACUCUUUCUCUAUGUAUGUAUAUACAUAGCUGUUAUUUCGUUUGUUUGGUUGUUUAAUUGGUCUGUCUUUGUGGAUUUAUAUCUUCCUUUUUAAUGAUAAAUAAACAUACAAAGUAUAUAUAUAAUAUAUGAAGAAAUUUAUUUGUAUA